AUGGGGGCGGCACCAUCCGUUCAAGUCUCACUUUCUCAGCCUCUGCCCCCUGAUGCACAAAUAAUGAAAGAACUCCCUCAGUCAAAUAAAGGCGAGGAACUCGACAGUGCUCAAUACGAGAUAGUACCAGAUCUUGAUACUAAUGCGCCACCACCACCACCACCUGAUGAUGAAGAAGCUAAAAAAGUUCUUCCUCCACCAUCAGUAUCACCGAAAAAAGCAGCUGCACCACCAGUGCCGGCGAAAACGGCUGCACCACCAGUGCCAGCGAAAACGGCUGCACCACCACUGCCUGCAAAAACAGCUGCACCACCAGUGCCGGCUAAAACGGCUCCACCACCAGUGCCGGCUAAAACGGCUCCACCACCACUUUCCUCUCCUGUUCCUCCACCAGCGUCGCCUCUACGAAAGGUCUCAACGCCAGCAGCACCGCUAACACGCCAAAUAGCACAUGCGAGACGGAAGAAAUCAAAAGAAAAAAAGUCUGACGUCGAACCAACUUCGCAUGUGAAAACAGCGUUGAUUGUGCGGCCACCAAAAGACACGAAAACAUUGGCAGAUCCAUGGGCUAAGAAUUACGACACGUUGUUACCGUUACCUCCAUCGAGUGCGGUGUUCUCGAAACAUGUGAAAGUGAGCAAGCCAUCGGAGCCUUUGAUUUCGAAGUAA